AUGGUGAAGGCAGGUCACAAGGUUCAGGACCACUGGGAGAAGCACCACAUCCGCAAGUUGGAUACUCUUGUGACGAUCCGAAAGGUGAAAGGAUUCCGCCAAGGACAAAAGGCCGCGCUUGCUGGACGUGCGGAAUGCUCCUUCAACAUUUUGGAGGCAUUUGUCUCAGCAGUGGGUAUGGGUGAUGACAUCAAUGCCAUCAUUCGAACUUGCCCUGCACCUCGUGAUGGUGAGUCUGAGUUGGCUUGCCAGGUGAACGGUGGCAUCCUGGGUGCUUGGGUAGGAAACCUUGCUACAAAGCUGGCCUUAGCAGCUUCCAAUUGUGGUGUGAGCAUCAACGUGGAUGCCAUUUGCUCUGCUGGUGUCACAGGCUUGGUGUCAGCCAUGGGAGAGAUUGCAGCUGGAGCUUCUUUGGGUGCGGCCGUAUGUACCGGAACUCCGCCACAAUUGACCACCACCAAGAUCAGUGUCCUGGGAGAUCAGACUGUCCGGGACAGUCGACGUUUGCUGAUUGGAGAAGGCGCUGUCGGCAACGGUGUGCAGUGUGGUGUGGAUGUGGGCAUGGUGGCAGCCAACAUUGCAAACAUGGGUCUUGCCAUCAACAAGGCCGUGAAUGUGAACAAGUGCAAAGCGAGCACCUUCCGUUCACCAUUGAACGUGGUCAAGGGCAUCCCAGAGUCACUUUGCACCGUCGACAUUGGUGGUGCUGUGGCCUACAUCGGUCAGGUUGUUACCUUCAUCAACCUAAUUGUGGUUCACUGUCAGGACUUUCUGGAUAUCAACGCACUUUGUGCUGGCUCCAUUGCUGCGAUCACCACGGGUGCAGCGGCCAUUGCGCCCUACGGCGCAGCAGUGCACGCGGGCUGCGCCCUCAACCACUUCUUGAAGACACCCAAGAGUCAAACACAGCUUUCUAAAUUGUGGAAUUCCCCAGGCUAUGAUCCUGUGUCAGGCCUGCCACACCCUCGACGCUUGACGGAAGAGGAAGAGAUGGCCGCUAAGCAACCCUUGAAGGAAAGCUUGGCUCAGAUCGCAGCGAACCGUGAGACUUUGGAGCAGCUGAAGAAGGUGGUUGAUGUUCCCAAGCCGGGCAACACAGAGGCAGACAUUGAGACUCUCUUGAACCUCAUGGGCAGCGAGGACAAGCCGCGUGCUGCCUGGCCAUUUGAAUGCUAA